AACCACUGCUUAGAAAAAGGCAGAACGAGGGGAAGAAAAAUAGAGAGAGAGCAUUUUCCCUCAGAUUCCGAAUUUCACGUUCAGAAAUGAGGAAAUUUGUUAAUCGUGUCUUUUGGGAUUUAAUCAAACUGCAGGUUACUCGUUUGCUUCAAGCAACAAAGAAACCGAACUUGGACUCUGAAGUUACAGCAGCCGUCCACCUGCUCUCUGUUAACUAAGUAGCUGACAUCUCCGCCGUGGUCAAACUAUCCAUAAUCGGCCUCAGAUUGUUCGGGACCUUAUCUGGACAUUGACAGUCUGGAUAUUGUGCUGUUGCCGUGGUGACACUCCAGAGGAACUGCGAGGGGUCGCCACCAAAAGGAUCAUGUGCUAAAAAUUGACCAUCUUUCCUGAACGACUGGUCAGCUUUGACUCUGGAAAAUGAACAAUGAGGAUGAGUUCUUUGACGCCGUCACAGGCCUGGAUUCAGACGAGUCGUACGAAGGGGUGUCAGAGGCCAGUUUCAAAGAUGCACUGGUGUUUGACGGCAGCAGUAAGAAGAACAAUGGAUCUGUGCCACAGGAGAACGGCAUCAAGAAACACAGGGCGUCAUUACCUGUGCCCAUGUUUCCCAGAAACACCAUUAGUGUCUGGAGUAUCCUGAAAAAAUGCAUCGGACUGGAACUGUCCAAGAUCACAAUGCCCAUUGUCUUCAAUGAGCCUCUGAGCUUCCUGCAGAGGAUCACGGAAUACAUGGAACACACUUACCUCAUCAACAGAGCCUGCUCGCUGUCCGACUCCAUCGAGCGCAUGCAGGCAGUAGCUGCUUUUGCUGUGUCAGCAGUUGCGUCUCAGUGGGACAGGACUGGAAAACCCUUCAACCCUCUGCUGGGAGAGACCUUUGAGCUCACCAGAGAGGACCAGGGUUUCCGGCUGGUAUCGGAGCAGGUAUCCCAUCAUCCCCCGGUCAGUGCCUUCCACGCAGAGAGCCUGGCCGGGGACUUUGUCUUCCAUGGCUCCAUCUACCCAAAACUAAGAUUCUGGGGCAAGAGUGUCGAGGCAGAGCCCAAAGGGACUAUCACACUAGAGCUGCUCAAGCACAACGAAGCGUACACAUGGAGCAACCCGUACUGCUGUGUAAACAACAUCAUCCUUGGCAAACUGUGGAUAGAGCAGUACGGCACAGUGGAAAUAGUCAACCACAGCACUGGCGACAAGUGUGUGUUGAAUUUCAAGUCGCGUGGGAUGUUUGGGAAAGAGUUGCACAAAGUGGAGGGAUACAUCCUGGACAAGAGUAAAAAGAAGCACUGUGUCAUCUAUGGGAAGUGGACCGAGUGCAUGUGGAGCGUCGACCCUCAGGCCUACGAGACCCACAAGAAGUCAGAGAAGAAAGGAGACAACAAGAAGCACAAAAAUGAGGAGCAGGAGGGGGCGGAGAACGAUGACGCAGAUGACAUGCCUGAAGUCCAGGAGACGGUGUGCGUCGUACCAGGAAGCACUCUGCUGUGGAGGAUAGACUCCAGACCAGCACACUCAACCAUGAUGUACAAUUUCACCAACUUUGCGAUGUCUCUCAAUGAACUGGAGCCUGGCAUGGAGGCCGUCCUGGCUUCCACCGACUGUCGCUUCAGGCCCGACAUCAGAGCCAUGGAGAAUGGCAACAUGGAUGAAGCCAGUCGGGAGAAGGAGAGACUGGAGGAGAAACAGAGACUGGCCAGAACGGAGAGAGCCAAGAGUGAAGACGAGUGGUCGACCAGGUGGUUCCAGAUGGGGACCAACCCGUACACUGGCUGCCAGGACUGGAUCUACUCCGGAGGCUACUUCAGUAGGAACUACCAAGACCUGCCUGACAUCUACUGAUAGCUAGCAAAACUUCAUCUUCCUCCUCCACCUCCUCUUCCUUCUCCGUAACCCGCAACGAUCUGCUUGCCAAGAAAUUGGAGAGAAACGCUAAGAAUCCACACACACACACAUACACCAUCCUUUACUACCAUCUUCAUCUCACUGCCUUCGUCCUCCUCAUCUGCCCCUCUCUUCGAACUGAACGACACACCCAGCACAGAUCGGAAGCCAGAUGCCUUCACUCCUCCUAAAACUGUGGCCUGCCUGAUGUCUCCUGAGUCUUCAGGUGUCAUUGUUCCUUUCAUCCUCUUCACCACAGACUUGUUCCCAUUGUUGCCUAAUGACCAGCAGACGUUUCUUGUCUCCCCUCUCCCCCCCCCUUGACAAUGUUCAGACAGUAACCCUUUUUAUUCCUGAAACCAAUCCCAGUGGCAGAGAGUCCAAUCUGGAUGUUAAACGACUUUUCCAGUCGAACCCGCUCCUGCGAGGGACCACUGGGUCACAUGACAAUAUUAUGAGUUAAAGCAACAUGAAGUACGUGAGCAAUCACACUGAUGGUAAAUGGACAUGGUCGGACACUCGGUCAACGGGGAAAUCAGGGAUGUGAAUGCUCCUUUGACUGAAGAUGGAUUUUGAGGAUGACAUUUUUUUAAUUUUUUGGAAACGUUCAAAAAAAUAAAUGUAGGUGACUUAGAACCCUUUAAAGGACAAAAUGAUAAAGUCAAAUUGAAUGCAAGCAUGAGUUUCUCACUGUCCAUGCGUCAUACCCCUAAAACAUUGAAUAACCACUAUUACUCCCCCCAUUUACCCUCUUUACUUAAGGUGUAUGCAUCAAAAUAAAAACCAGAACAGCCGGUCAGGAAGUGGAUGUUUCCCUCGACAGCCUGGUGGAAUGUGCUGCUUGAAAGGGACCAGAAAAGAAAAACACAACUCCCCCCGUUGAAUGUCAGCACAACAAAGGACUGUCAACAGGACGAAACAUCCUGGGCAAGACUGUACGCACAGAGAGUCAGAGAAACGUCGUGUGCACAGUUCAUCUUUCCUUCUUUUAAAUCAUGAAACUCACCAAACACCAGAAACGAGCUCCGACGUCAUGACUCCAUGUUGCUCUCAGCCAAUAUUUGGACAUUAGCUGCUCAGUAGCGUUAUCUUAAUGUUACAUAUACAUGAUAUUUUACAUAGUUGACUGUAAGUGUUUUUGCCUUUUAUUCCAGCAGAGCAGGAUGCACACAUUUCCAUGUCAAAUUAAGGGUCGGAUGUCAAGCCACAUGCAGUCACCUGUGUUAGAGUGCAAAAGAUUAGUUGAACCGAUGGGAAUUUAAUUUUUUUGAUAAAAUAUCAAUGUUGAUUUAGUUUGUGUGCUGAAAUUAUAUUAACAUAUGUUUAAAAAAAAAGGCUUCAGGUACAGUCAUAGAUCGGAGCAUGAAUAGAAUAAAUAUAAUUAAAAAACCCUUCUAUUUUUCGCCUUACUGGUGGAAACGCAGCCCUGAAACAGACGUGUUUUAAUACGACCUACUCAUAUGAAAGCCUGCUGCCUAUCCAUUCACUUUGACAACAGUCGGCUCUCCACGUUCAUCACACCAUGACACACACACUCCUCACUUUGCCUGCUGCCCAGCUUCACUGGUGAAAAUGGAACAAACAAGUAUUUUAUUGUUGGAGUCAUUUAAUCAACACUUGAGGAUAGAGAAUGUGACACAAAUCUAACGAGAUGAUUUGAAAGCCUCUCUCCUACUUGUCCCGAAUUGGUUGACAAACCAAGACGCCCAAGGAGAUCUUCAGAAAUAUUUCUUUUGAACAUUCUUCACUAUCGGCGUGGCCUUUCUUUUCCUGCGAUUUAAACGGCAGAUGUUUAAAAAUCACGUAUAACAUAUUACACGCUACAGCUCUAUGCAACUUUGACAGCUGAAAGUGAACAGUGGGUCUUUGUGGAGUCGCUUUUCAUUCCCUAAAAAACACACACACACACACACACAUUCUCUCACUGCGUCCGAGCUUUUAAGCUUGAAUAACAAUGACUUUGCAUCCUUAGUCUUAAUAUAUUAUAUUCCAAAUAAUAAAAAUGAUCACGACUUGUUGAACCACUUGGCACGACAACCGGCCUCGUAUCACAUCUUGGGUCAAUUUAAUUUCACACAUUUCCACGUCACGUCUAUGUUUCCAUGUUUCCAUGUUUCCAUGUGAUACUUAGUGCCUGGAUUUUUGUUUGUUAGUUUCCCUCUUCUCUCUUUUUUUAUUCAUGUGUAUUAUUUAUGAUGUUUGAGGUUUUGUGAAAGAAUAAUUUUUUCUUCCUUUACUUAGAUUUGCUAAUCCGAAAAGCUCUGAUUUCUCUUUCACUCAAACACUAAACUAAACAUGUUUCUAGACGAGCGCAGUGUCUUGUCAGUUUUUUGUGGAUAGAAGAUCAUUGACCAAUUUAACACUUUGACGUUUGACUGUUGUCGUUACAUCUGGAGACACGCUGUGCUCAGUCAUCCUCUCCUGUUGGAAACUAUUCUGGCUGCAUAGAUUCACAGUUAAAACCCUCGACUCCAGUUAUUUUGAUGCCCGGAUAAUGUUUUUUUUGUGUUUCAUUAAAGAUCAAUUCUACAAACACUACUCUUAAGUUGCACUGCAACAUAUGAAAUCAACGCUGAUCAAAUGCAACAGUUAGAAAUUUAUCUAAACUGGAUCAAGUAAAGUAACUGCAGCUGGCAGAUCACGUUACAUUCAUCAGUGCAGAUUCAGACUCUACUUGUUACAAAACUAAUGCUCUGUCUACAUUAAACUACAUCUAGGUUUUUUUUUAUGUUGCUUUGAGUGUUGGUUUGUUCUGUUGAAUUUUAUUCUCCUCUCAGACUGUAUGAUGUGGUUGUCGAUGUAAGCGCUGCACAAAGGUGAUCGCAAGCAAAAUGGCAUAUUGUUUUGUGCGAUUGAUUUAUUUUUAUAGUAUUUAAGCCGUCGUUGGUGAGAACAUUGCACCAGAUGUUUUAUUUUGAGGUGGGGGACUGUAAGGGGUCGUAUCCAUACAACUUGCUAGAUUAUUGAACGGGGGAAAUGUCUACUAAUAAAAUCAUAAUUUCCA